AUGAGUCGCCAGGCCAGCCACAGCCAACAAUCUUGCAGAUCUUCCAGCGGGGGCGGCCGCCAGGGCUUCAGUGGCCGCUCAGCUGUGGUGUCGGGCCAGAGCCGGGUCGGCUCCACAAGGUCCUCCUCGACGUCCCGCUCAGGCAGGGGCAGUGGUGGGUCUGGUGCCUGUGCCAUGAUGGGAGGAGGUUUCGGUAGCAGGAGUCUCUACAACCUUGGAGGCAACAAGAAGAUCUCCAUCAGUGUGGCUGGAGGCAGCUCCCAGGCCAGAGAGUUUGGGGGCACCAGCAGGGGAGGUUUAGGAGGCAGUGGUUUUGGAGGUGGCGGAAGAGGGAUGGGUGGGGGCUUUGGUGGAAGGGCUGGGGGCUUUGGAGGAGGAGCUAGAGGCUUUGGAGGAGGAGCUGGGGGUUUUGGUGGAGGAGCUAGAGGCUUUGGAGGAGGAGCUGGGGGUUUUGUUGGAGGAGCUGGUGGCUUUGGAGGGGGAGCUGGAGGUUUUGGUGGAGGAACUGGUGGCUUUGGUGGCCCUGGUGGCUUUGGUGGCCCUGGUGGUUUUGGUGGGCCUGGUGGUCCUGGUGGCUUCCCCGGGGGAAUCCAGGAGGUGACUGUCAACCAGAGCCUCCUGCAGCCCCUCAAUGUGGAGAUCGACCCCCAGAUCGGGCAAGUAAAGACCCAGGAACGGGAGCAGAUCAAGACUCUCAACAACAAGUUUGCCUCCUUCAUUGACAAGGUGCGCUUCCUGGAGCAGCAGAACAAGGUCCUAGAGACCAAGUGGAGCCUCCUGCAGGAGCAGGGCUCCAGUUCUAAUACCAACAACCGCAACUUGGAGCCUUUUUUUGAGAACUACAUCAGCAGCCUCAAGACUUUCCUGGAUGGGCUCCAUCUGGAGAAGGACAAGCUGCAGGGAGAGGUGAGGGGCAUGGAGGAGACGGUGGAAGACUUCAAGAAGAGAUAUGAAGAGGAAAUCAAUAAGCGUACAGCUGCAGAGAACGACUUCGUACUCUUGAAGAAGGAUGUCGAUGCUACCUACAUGACCAAAGUGGAACUGGAGGCCAAGGUGGAGAGUGUGACAGAUGAGAUCAACUUUUUGAAGGCCCUCUACGAUGCCGAGCUGUCCCAGAUGCAGUCAGACACCAGUGACACGUCCGUGGUCCUGUCCAUGGACAACAACCGCUGCCUGGACCUGGACAGCAUCAUCGCCGAGGUCCGUGCCCAGUAUGAGGCGAUCGCCCAGAGGAGCAAGGCCGAGGCUGAGGCGCUGUACCAGACCAAGUUGGGGGAGCUGCAGACCACGGCCGGCAGACACGGGGAUGACCUGAAGAGUACCAAGAGUGAAAUCUUGGAGCUCAACAGGAUGAUCCAGAAGCUGCGGGCCGAGAUCGAGAGCAUCAAGAAGCAGAAUGCCAACCUGCAGACGGCCAUCGCUGAUGCAGAGCAGCGUGGGGAGCUGACCCUCAAAGAUGCCAAUGCCAAGCUUCAGGACCUUAAGGCCGCCCUGCAGCAGGCCAAGGAGGACCUGGCCCGGCUGCUGCGCGAGUACCAGGAGCUCAUGAACGUCAAGCUGGCCCUGGACAUCGAAAUCGCCACCUACCGGACCCUCCUGGAGGGCGAGGAGUGCAGGAUGUCUGGAGAGUGCCUCAGCUCCGUGAGCAUCGAGAUGGUGCACAACAGCAGCAGUGGCGGCAGCAGCAGCGGCGGAGCCCUGGGGGGCGGCGCCCUGGGAGGGGGCGCCCUGGGGAGAGGCGCUGGGGCCCGCGGGGGCCUGGGGGCCUCGGUGGUACGCGGGAGCUUCUCAGGUUCUGGGGGCUCAUGUGCUGUCAGUGGUGGCGGCAGCAACAGCUCAGGCCGCAUCUCUCAAAGCUCUUCCCAGAGCCAGCGGUCCCACCACAAAUUCUGA